UCUUCAGAUGAUCAUACUACUCUGGUUGCUUUUCCUCGUUCAAGCAGCACAUGCGGGGAAAAUUACUGAAGAAGAGAAUUCGAAGCUGAAGGAAAGGUGCAGCAAGUCUGCAGUAGCACCCAACGUGUACAAGCGAUAUCGGGCCGAUCGAUCAAAAUAUCCCUUUGCGGUUGCUUUGUCCUACGAUGAUAAUGGAUCCCAUAGCGCGCCUUUUUGCAGCGGCGUGCUAAUCUCAUAUCGCCACAUUCUGACCGCUGCACAUUGCUUAGUCAUAAAUAAAACGGAAGCAUGUAAUAAAAGUCUGACUACCGGGCAAUUACAAUUACAAGGACUGCCCGCUCAGAGACUUGGUGUUUUUCUUCCAAGCAACUGCAGCACCUCAAAAUGCUGGGUUGGAAAAGAUAUUCAUAGAGUAGCAUCUGUACACAGGGAUCGGAAUUAUGAUAACGUGAACGAAGCUUGCAAGAAUACUAGUUCGUAUGACAUUGGUGUGAUCGAGCUCGAGGGGGACGUAAGAGGCCCACCUAUUUGUAUGCCCCAAGCGAAUGAUGCUAUCCCUCAGAAAGCCAAAUCCAUUGGAUACGGACCAUAUAAUCGUUCCGUGGAAGUAGAUGGUCGUUCUAUGCAAGUAGAAGAUUAUUCUAUGCAAGCCGUGGAUUACGAUAGCGUACAAGAAGACCCCGACCCCAAAGAGAAAGCUGCACUCGUGGCAUACACUAAGCAUAAGAAUGAAGCAACGAUCAGUGGAGACAGUGGUGGGCCACUGCUUCAGAAACUGAUUGGGAAAUACUAUCUUGUUGGUACAACAACGACUUCUACGAAUCCAGAUCCUGCAAAUCCUGCAGAGGUGAUGGAAAGCUGGUUCGUCGAUGUGCGUAAGAAAUUAGAUUGGAUUUGCGAUGAGACAGGAGUCUGCCCGCUUACUGAUUCUGGAGAAAGCAAGCGACCACCCUCAGAAGAGGAGGAAUCUUCCUAAGAAGCCAUUUUCUGACAACAUUCACGACGAAUGAAAGAAGGAAUUUUUGUGCAGAUGUGAACAAACAACGUUGUCUGUUGCCGAUAAACAUUUUUGCAUC